AUGGGCUUCGAUAUGACUAAGCUGCUUACUUCAUACCAGGCCUUCUACGGCAUCAUCCCAGUCACCCUCCCCGUCACCUUCGACACCCGGGACAACUACCGCACGGAGUCCAUCAUCUUCCAGGUGGCCCCGUUCGAGACUUCCUACCAUGCUAUACUAGGGAGACCAGCGCUCGCCAAGUUCAUAGCGAUCCACAACCAUACAUAUCUUCUCCUGAAGAUGCCGGCUCCAAAUGGAGUCCUCUCCAUCUGCGGUGACGUCCAGACGUCUCACUCCUGCGAGACGGAGAACAUCAACACCGUCGAGGCCUUGGAGAGAAGCAACAACCAAGCCAUGGUCGCUCAGGCGGCAAAGGCCCUCAUAAUGGACCAGCUCCAAAAGCCGUCUGGCAACUCGGUGCCAAGUCCCAGCUGCACCCAGAUAGCCAGACGAAGGUGA